GCCCACUUUCUUCAGGCAUUUGAGAAUUGUUGGGGAUCGGGGCAGCAGGGAAACCUCGAGGUUUCUACUGAAAUUAACACGGAUACCCGAUAAUUUCUGAUUUCAGUCAGCAGCGACAGGAUAUUUCAACAUGGUGGUUGUAGCAGCUGGGACCGGAGGAGCCCACAAAGUUCUCUUAAUAUCAGGGAAACAGACCGGCUCACAGACGGCCCUCAGCCGGCCCAUCUCUGUCGUUUUACCGUCAGCGGCCAGCCAAGUGUCCUCGGAUUCAGACUCCAACUCUUCAGCAGGGCCGCCGGUACGAAAAAGGCAGAGGCUUACACACUUGAGUCCGGAAGAGAAAGCCCUUCGCAGGAAACUUAAGAACAGAGUGGCAGCUCAGACCGCCAGAGACAGAAAAAAGGCCAAAAUGGGGGAGCUGGAGCAGCAGGUCCUGGAGUUGGAGCUGGAGAAUCAGAAACUUCACAUUGAAAACCGGCUGCUCCGGGAAAAAACAAACGGCCUGCUCACAGAAAACGAGGAACUGAGACAGAGACUUGGAUUGGACACUCUUGACUCAAAAGAGAAGGUUCAGGUCAUGUUAUCCACCGGGAAUGAUGCAGGUUUGGGGAUCGGGUCUUCUGAGCGCAGCACUCAGGCUACGUGUGCCUCCGCAGCAGGUGCAGGCCCAGCAGCCCCUAAAUCUGAAGACUUCUCAAUGGAUACAGAUAGUCCUGACUCUACAGACAAUGAGUCUGAUUUGCUACUGGGCAUUCUGGACAUCCUUGACCCAGAGCUGUUUCUCAAGUCUUGUGAACAGGAGUGCCAGGAACCGCAGGUCGUGCUGCUCGGAGGGGGUGACCCAGUACCUGCCGCCCCACCUGCGCCUCUGGGGGCCCCAUCAGUUAAGCUGGAAACCCUUAAUGAACUGAUUCACUUUGACCACAUCUACACAAAGCCCGCGGAGGAGGUGAGCAGUGGGCAGUACACCGACUUGGAGAGCGGCACAGAUGAGAAGAAUGAUGAGGCGGCCUUCCCCGUUACUGAGGUCGUGGUGGAGGAGGAGACGGUCUGCGUCAAAGAUGAACCAGAGGAAGUGGUCAUCCCUGCCUGUAAUGGUCAGAGUCAGGUGGUCGACUUUUUCUCUGGGCCCUCCUCCCCUGCCCUCAGCAGCCUGGAGAAGGAGGCCUGCCUCGCAGAUACCUACAGCGACUCCGGAUACGAAGGUUCCCCUUCCCCUUUCAGCAACAUGUCGUCUCCCCUGUGCACUGAGAGCUCCUGGGAUGACAUGUUUGCUAAUGAACUCUUCCCCCAGCUGAUCAGCGUCUGAAUUGACCCCUCUGCCCAAUAAAAUAUAUUCAGAGGAUGUGUGUGUGUGUGUGUGUGUGUAUAUAUACAUGUAAGAGUUAAUGUGUAGCCUAAUAAAGUACAGAAACACCCAUUCAUCAUAGUAACAGCACCUGAACAGUCUGAUAAGUUUUUGAUUACAGCAGGUCUGUAGCCCUCGUGGUUUAGAUGCAUUCAGGAUAGUUUUUUAGCUGCAGAGGGUUUAAGAUCACGCAAGUGUUUCGACUGCAUGUGGAAUCCAGUAUUUCUGUAACUUUCCGGGGGGAACGGGGACGGAUCAUUUAAAUAUGACUAUUUAUUUGUGUAUUCUGCUUCAGAGUCGCCUGUACGCUUGUUUAAAACAAAAAUUUUCCUCUCAUUUCUGACCGCUCUCCUUGUAGUCUAAUUGCCGCAUUAAAAAACUUUUUGCAUUGCA